AUGGAGGCUACGGAGGCUAUCAGUCACACAAACAAUGUAUGGACAGAUAAAUAUUUUGCCGUUUCCAUGGGGUCAUUUAUGGUCUUGUUCAUUGUCUCUCAUUGGGGCAAUGUGGCAUUCAGAAAAUAUGGACCAAAAGAGCCCGGGAAGCUAUUGGUCCUAACGAUAAGAACUCAUAGGCAAGUCUUGAAAAAACCGGGAACGAGCAGAACUGACAGCAUGAUCUCUGUGGCAAACUUUGUGUUGCUGGUAUUCCUUGCCCUCCGUAAUACGCCUCUCGCGCCCUUAUCUGGUCAAUCCUACGAGAAGCUCCGCCCCCUCCACAAAAUCACCGGGUACACUUGUAUAGUCAGCAGUGUCGUGCAUGGUAUACUCUACCUGAAAGAGGGGGCCGAGACUGGAUAUUUGAUGCUGAUCAGGGAAAGAGAGGAUCUCAGUGGUGCACUUGCUGGACUAUUGAUGGUGAUCAUCGGGUUGUCCACUAUUAGCUGGUUUGCCCGCCGGUAUUACGAAGCAUUUUAUAUUAUACAUGUCGUAAUUUUCAUAGUUAUUGUCAUUCUUGUCGGAAUGCAUCGACCGGACCUUGCGACAUCCACGCUGGGUAUUAUUAUCUUUAUAGCGUGCAUGUGGGUUUCCGAUCGAUUCCUACGGCCUUUUAAACUUGCUUGUAACUUCUUCGGCAACAACGCUACUCUUAUCCCGAUGCAAGACGGGGCUGUCCGAGUCAGGCUUCGGCGCGGAAUGAGUUGUAGUCCUGGUUCUCAUGCUUUCUUGUGGAUGCCAUCCGUCCAAAUUUUGGAGACUCACCCGUUCACGAUGAUCUCUACAGACCCUGUUGGGUUUCUAAUUCGUCAAUAUGAUGGGUAUACUCAUGAUCUCUACAAACUUGCUCACGAGCGGCCCGCUUGUGUUGUGCGAUGCUCUGUGGACGGAGAAUAUGGACAGGUUCCUAACUUCAUGGACUUUGAGAAAAUCAUCCUUGUUGCGGGUGGCAGUGGUGCUUCCUUCAAUUUUGCUAUUGCGGUCGAUUUGAUAAGGCAAUGUGCGGCAGCAAAUAUGACCAAGUCGAUUGAUUUUAUUUGGACCGUGAGAUAUACGAGUUCCCUCAAGUGGUUUCAGGAUGAGCUGAGAGAACUCCAAGAUAGUCAGUUUGUCAAUAUGUUCAUCCACGUGUCGCAGGACGAUACGACCGACGAUAGUUCCAGUGGGCCAACAGUACCGGUCGGUGACAUCAAGAACGGCAAGCAGGAGACCAUGGGCUCAUUUGAAUAUAUGUCUCUCAUCCGGAGAGGAAGGCCCAACAUAGCGGAUUUGGUUGCGAACAGAAUAUCUCGGUGCCUUCCGCAAUGUCAAGUUGGAGUAGGGGCUUGUGGGCCAAUUAAACUUCUCGAGGAAACGCGAGAAGUAUCAUUCCAGAAAGUCUUCGAUAAUGGUCCACCAAUUACGCUGCACACUGAGGUGAGUUUUGCUGCUGUGCUCUUUAUGAUAAUGUCGAACUACAUCACGAAGGUCGCGAUCGUUGGGGCUACGGGUAAUAGUGCCCGCUUCAUGACCGAUGCCCUCCUUAAGACAGGAAAACACACCAUUACAGCCCUGGCACGAUCCGGAAGCCUGAAAACGCUCCCAGCUGGUGUCAUACCCAAGGAAAUUGACUACAGCAAGCCCGAGACAAUUGUGGAAGCACUCAACGGCCAGGAUGCUUUAGUAAUUACCCUAAAUGGUCAGGCCCCACAAGGGACUGAGCUGCAGCUCAUCAAGGCUGCGGGCGAGGCCGGCGUGAAAUGGGUACUGCCGAACGACUGGUCUCCCGAUACAACGAACGAAGCCAUGAACGAUGAUAUAAUGAUAUUCAAGCCCAAGGCUGCCCUUCGGAAGGCUAUUCUGGAGCUCGGCCAAUGCAACUUUAUCAGUGUGUCCACUGGCUUCUGGUACGAAUGGAGUCUUGCCAUUCCAUCCGCCUUCGGAAUUGAUCUGAUCAAUCACACGGCAACUUUCUUCGACGACGGCGAGACAAAGAUUACCACCUCCACUUGGCCCCAGGUUGGCCGCGCGGUUGCCGCUCUGCUCAGCCUGCCUAUCAAACCUGAGGGUUCGAACCAGAACGCAUGUCUCGAGAACUUCAAGAAUCAAGUCGUAUACAUUAAAUCCUUCACAGUUAGCCAGAAAGACAUGUUGGAAUCUGCUCUUCGUGUCACUGGAACCAAAGAAUCGGAUUGGACUAUUUCGAAGGAACCAGCGGUUGAGCGAUGGGCGAAAGGCCUCGAAGAAAUGAAGGAGGGCAGUCGGAUUGGAUUUGCCAAGAUGCUUUAUACUCGUGUCUUCUAUCAGGACGGUGCGGGGAAUAUCGAACAAAAGGGAACUUUGAAUUCAUUGCUGGACUUGCCAACAGAAGAUAUUGAUGAAGCGACCAAGAUUGCGUUUGAGCGUUCAAAGACUGAUCCUUGGGAGUAA